UGCGGGGAGUGGCGGCUGUUUCAAGAUGGCGGCGGCGGCCGCCGGUGUGGGCGGAGGUGCUCGCCGGGGCCGGGACUCUUCUGAUGAAGAAGAUCCACUGGUACCUGUUUCAGGAGUGUCUGCAAAAGGAAAUUUAAGAACAAGGUGUUUGCCAAAAUAUCAAACAGGUGAAACUGAGCUGAAGGUGCCUGUAGCUGUUGCUUCUGUUUCCAUGGAUCCUGAUAGAGGUACAGGAGGUCUGACAGGGCAGCAGGGCACUAAUGAAGGAGGAAUGAAGAGUGCUUCUUUAAAGGAUUUGUGUCCUGAGGACAAGAGACGCAUUGCGAACUUAAUUAAAGAACUUGCCAGGGUAAGUGAAGAAAAAGAGGUGACAGAAGAACGGCUGAAAGCUGAACAGGAAUCGUUUGAGAAGAAGAUCAGACAGCUAGAGGAGCAGAAUGAACUCAUCAUCAAGGAAAGGGAAGCUCUGCAGCAGCAGUACAGAGAAUGCCAAGAACUUUUGAGCCUUUAUCAGAAGUACCUAGCUGAGCAGCAAGAAAAACUAUCACACUCCCUUUCUGAACUCAGUGCUGCCAAGGAAAAGGACCAGAAGGUAUCCAGUAAGAAGAGCUUGUGCCAGCAGCACUCUUUGGGGCUGGACAGCUCCUACUUGGGUGUUGGGGGAGCUUGGACACUUCAUAAGAACAGUAGAGCACUGAAGGAUGUAAGCCCAGCCCGUGUUGUGUUGUCUCAGCCUUGCAGGAAUAACCACGAUUACAGGACUGAGAUGCAUUACAACCCUCAGGAGUGUCUGAAGGACUAUCCAAUGGAAAACGACUUGCGCAGAAAGUGCAACAAUGUGGUUUCCCCAGCCAAGCAGAGGAGCCCUCACCAUGUAAAGCAAGCUGAGGAGAUGGACCGGAGAGCAAGUAAAUUUCAGAGCGAAUGCCCUCAGCAAGUGAGUCAUGGCUGUGCCUGGAGGCAUGUGGGGAGCUCAGGGAGUGUGGUAGAGCGGUGCUGUGUCAGCCAGCUACUUAGAAAACACUCGGGCACAGUUCACAAGACCUAUGAUCGUUCCAGGCACUGUAGAGGUUCUAGGCUGAAUCACAGCACAGACUCAGGCCCUAAGGAAACAGAGAUGGCUAAAAGAUUGUAUGAAGAAAGAAGGCAGAAGCUGCUUCUUCAAAAAAUGGAGCUGGAAAUUGAAAAGGAACGACUCCAACAUUUAUUGACUAAGCAAGAAGCAAAAUUGCUCCUAAAACAACAGCAACUACACCAAUCCCGUAUGGAUUAUAACAGGGUUAGAGGCCAUGUACCUGGCUCAGAAGAUGUGCCCAUUGCUGAAACAUCCAGAGAUCUUGCUCUGAUGAUGAAUGGCAGCAGCAUGGGGCUAAGUGUCCCGGUGUUGAAACAUGAAGAUUAUUUACUGAGGACAUCUCCAGUGAGCAAAAACUCCAGAAAACCAGGGAGCAGUCAUGGGAGCAGUUCAGGGAAGAAAAUGGUUGGCUUUGGUGUAAACAUGGAUGAUGGGCAAAGCCCUCAAAUGCAGACCAAGAGGGAAGGCACCAAGUCCAGGAAAGGGACAACUUCAGGACUUAGGAAGGAUGCAGCCAUGUCUCCUGGGUUGAUGGGCAGCAGCAGAGUGCCUGCAACCACAGCCGUAUCACCGAUUCAGCAUGACCCUUCAAGGUACCAAGUCUCUCUUCUUGACCUGGUAGAGGCUAUGAACCCAAUAUCAGCUCCAGGACAGCUCUGCCGGGAGCCUUGUGACAGGAACAAACCUCACACGCCCUGCUGUGCGAGCCACAGGCUGUCCUCCUCUUGGUGCCAGACCCCCUGCAGCCCCAGGAGCAGAGCAGAUGAGCUGGAGGAGAGUCGGCUCCUCGAGGAGAUCUUCUUCAUUUGACACUACUCCUUGGUCUACACCUACUCUGAAAUUAUUUGAGUGAUCGCUGCUUGUUUUCCCUCUUCUAAAACAUAGCUAAUUAGCAUCCAGGUUCAUUUUGGAUUUAGUGAUCAUGAUGCAAGUAUAUUGUUGGGAUACGCCAAUCAGAAAGUGUUAACUUUUUUCCUAAACCUUUCAUGUGCCAAGUAAUCAAUUUACAAUAGCAUUUUUUAAAAUCUACAACAUUUUCUAAUACAUUGAAGUCACAGUUUUGCCAGCCUUAUAUCGGAAGUAUAUUUCAUUAUUGAUUUUUUGGCUCUAAAGCAGUUUGCAAGAACUGCCUAACAUUCAACAACCAGCAUGUUCAAAGUAGAUUAUUUUCUAAUUAAACAAGUCUGUUUAAAACCUGGCAUAUUAUAAAGGUACAAGCACUUUAGUACUUUUUCACUGAUUUUAUGAUCUACUUUUUCCUUCAACAUUCUGAUAUUUAACAACUGAGUUUUUAGGGGAUAUAUUGUGAGCUCAACUCUACAGUGUCUGAUAAUGUUAAUAGAUGAUGUUGCAGGUUGAUAUACUAGGCACAGGUUUGAAUUAUAUUCCUCUUUAAAUCAGUGCUAUUUGACAGAGUUUAUGUGCUGGGUAAUGUAACCCUGAAACAGCAGAACAGAGUCAGACAUCGUAGAGAUCCAAAACCUAUUUGAUGUACUUUUCAAGAUGAAAUACAUAGUAGUGCUAGUAUAAGAGCAGUCUUAAGACAUUUUCACUAACUUGCACUAUUUUGAUCCUGCAUCCAGGCUCCAUUGUAAAUAAGACAAAUCAGUAAUUAUUUCCACUAGCAGCUCACAAUGCACACUUUCCUGCCAGCUUUAAUUAUUCAUGCUGUAUCUAUUUCAGUUUAUUUAAAUGCAUUUCCAUCUACUGCAUGUACUUGGUUAUUUAAAGAAAUGUGCCGAAUUGGUAAAAAUGACUGCACAUUACAGGAUUAAUGGUCAUUUUCUCCACAAUGCAGUGUUCAUAUUUUAUUGUAACAGUAGCCACCGGCAUGUGUUCCUAGAAAUAUGAGUCUAAAAUACUCAUUUUGCACAGUAAAAUUGCAGCAAGGGAAAGGUAGAAUUGAUCCAGUACGGGCAAGUUCUAGGCCAUUUGCUCGCAAACACCACUUCAUGGGCCAGUACUGCUUUUCAGACAGUCUCUUUAGGCAACCCUGCUUAUCUUAAUGGCUGGGUUGAGUUGCUGUACUGAUGCUUGGGGUAUGGCUCCUGCCUGCCUCCCCACACUGCUCCUGUGCAAUGUGUGAUGAUCUGCAAGGUGGAUCUCAGACGAGAGCACCGCAGCCCCUGGCAGCACCGUGCUCCAUCAGUGAAACAAAAGGAGAGUGAAGGGGAAGAAAAACCUCAGGUUACUCUGGGCUGCUCCAUUCAGGCCCAGUCCUAAUCACAAAUUAGGUGAUAUCCUUUCUGUGCAUCCCAGCUGAAUUUUAAAAGCUGCUUGGAGGAGUUUAAAGGAGGAAAGCAGCAUUGCUGAAUCAGAAAAUUACUGCUGUGGAAAGUCCCUGCAUGGUCUGUCCUGCUUUUAGUGAGGUAUUACAGUUUUCUGGAAUAUAUCCAUCUGCUGUUGAAUGUCCCUCUUGUUCUACUCCCUGAGCCUGUGAAGGCCCAGGUUUCUGUUAAGAGCCCCAAAGAUGUAUUCAGUACCCUGGCUCAAGUAGAGCAGUUGGGAACAUAAGUUUUCUUACUCUGCUGGCUGAGUAGUCUGCUGCUUAAAGAGGGCAGGGAAAAGGAGGAGAAAGAAGAGAAAAAUAUACAAGGACCAGCAGGAAAUUUGGGGAUAACCGUCACAUAGAUCUUAGAGGCUGGGUUUGUUUCAUGGUGUUUUUUUAACUUUGUUGGUGUUUUGGGUUUUUUUAAGUGUUGGCAUUUGUAGAGAAACUGUUCUCUGAUUUCAGUCCAAUUGCAUCUUGUCUCUUUUCCAGUUUGACUGAAACUUUAAUUGCCUUUUCUGAUAAAUGCUAACUGACCUUUCAAAGCAGCAAAAAAUACAUGUAUAUUUCUUGAAAGAUGCCUUUGUGUUGAGAACACUCCAUGGGAGCAUUCUGUUAUUUGAUUCUUUUGUGGGUGCCAAUAUUCAACUGCUUUGGGAUUUCCUAUGAUCACUUAAAAAAAUUCUAAUUCUGAAGGUGACUUUUGGCUUAAAUCUAUAUUUUUUGUUUGCAGCUCUUUUUAAAAGGACAUUGUCAGGGUUGGGGGCUCUAUGUUGAAGGUGCUGUCUGGGGCUAUACAGGGGGCACACUUUUGUGAAUUAAAAGUUUUCUAGUAAAAGAUGGCUGAAACGCCUGAUGGGUGAAGAGCUGUAUGCUUUAACUCUCUAUGAGAUGUGGACAAAUGAAACAAAAGCUAUUAAUUUCAUAGACCCUGUGGAAAGUAAUUUUUUAUAAUGCUGGCUCUUGCUCUAGUUAUCAGCAGUACAUUAGGAAUAGUGUUUAGCAGUCAGUGCAAGCAAAGAUAUUUUGCCAUGAGGCACUACAAAGUUGAAGUUAUUAAAACAUUUAUAGCCUUAGAAAAAAAAAUCAAUGAUUGUCAAAUAGGAAAGGACAAAAUCAGUAGCUGGUACUGGGAGGGGAAUUGUUUUCCAUCUGCUAAAAUAGUAGAGGAAAUGCAAAAAUUAAACUAGAAAAAGCAAUGACGUGACAGUGUCCUUUUAAGCUUGAGCUUCUAUAUUGGGAGCUGCUGCUGGGAUGUUGGUCCAGCAUAGACUGUUUGUCCAAAGUGUUCCCAGUGACUAUCCUUCAGCUACCCAUCAGGCUGUGUUUUCCAUGUUGUGGAGUAACAUGACUGCUGCUAAGGCUCCUACCCACGCCUUCAGUUUGUGUCCUUCUCACGUGGUUUGUGCACACACACUUGCUGGCUGUUUGUGUAGUUAUUGCUUUUGUGCACCUUGCACCUCACAGACCUGUAAUAAUCACACCCUUUUCAUUUCUAGCCUUUCCAGUCUUGCUGUUGAAUCCCAUCUCGAGCAAGUAUUUAUAUAUGUAUGUGAGGUCUUAAUCUAAUAAAUUAUCUGGGGGUUUAA